AUGCCCACUCCACCACCACCACCACCACCACUUGUUACCCAACUGUCCACUUCAUGGCUUUCUUCUCCAGCCAAACAGUCACUCCAAGGCAUGCCCUUUAUUCGUUUCUCCUCAUUCNGCCACCGCCACCACCACUUGUUACCCAACUGUCCACUUCAUGGCUUUCUUCUCCAGCCAAACAGUCACUCCAAGGCAUGCCCUUUAUUCGUUUCUCCUCAUUCCCUACCUCAAAACCCAGAACCAGUUCCUUCUGUUACGUCUGCAAAUCAUUUGAACUUGCAGCUUUCUGAGACCGAUGGAACUCUGGCCGAUGCCUUGAUGAUGCAAGAUGAGAAUGAGGAACUAGAAGUAGAAGACGAGGAGGACGAUCCAGUUUUCGUUCUGACUGAUGAAUGGAGGGAAUUCUUCGCCAAAUCGGAAGCUAAAAAGAGAUUAGAUGAGAAUGAGGAACUAGAAGUAGAAGACGAGGAGGACGAUCCAGUUUUCGUUCUGACUGAUGAAUGGAGGGAAUUCUUCGCCAAAUCGGAAGCUAAAAAGAGAUUAGCAAAGCAGGAGGCCAAAAAGAAGGGAAAGAAGAAAUGA